AUGCCCACGCCAUACCCCACUCUCGCAGCCUCAUACCUCUCUCUAGCGCUCGUGGUAUCCUCCUUUGUGCUCGUGGAUGGCCUUCUUGUCAACCGAACAAUCGACGACGAGCAAGGCGAUAGUGUCACAGGGGCGCAGCCCUCGUACCUCCCUGACGGCGGGUGGGCCCUCGGGUCGGCGUGCAUAGGCUGCAAUAUCAACUCAAGUGUCGUCGACGUGAGCAAGGCGUUCGACAACACAUGGCACGACGUAACGCACAACCCCGAGGGCCCUGAGCAGGUCAUCACCGCGACAUUCUCUGGCGUCGCGGUGUAUGUGUUCAACAUCAUCGCGAAUACCAUCCACUCCACCACGACAUUGACGAACCUGAGCUUCACGCUGGAUGGGGAACCAGCUGGAUCUUACCUGCACGCACCCGACACAAGCACGGACAUCCUAUACAAUGUGUCGGUGUACAGCAGCACCGGCCUUGCCAAUGGGCCGCAUACGCUCGAAAUACGACCGACCGGGCCGUUCAAUUCUCUCAUCCUCUUCGACUACAUCACUUACACUGUAGACGAAGAAGCCACGACCACGGCGGGUCCAUCACUCGUCCCAUCGUCCUCUGCGUUCACGGCCACGCAGGCAGAUCCCACUACGGGGGGCACAGCACCGAGCUCUACACCUUCACAAGCGAUCCCGCGGGCGUCACCGAGCCCUUCAAUAGGGGUGAUCGCGGGCGGUGCGGUAGCGGGAGUGUUCAUCGUAGGCAUCGUUGCCGCUGUGCUGCUUUUCGUGUUCCGACGACACAGGCGGCAGCGGUGGCCAAGUUCACCUGCGCGGUCAACAGGGUCGGCUGCUGGCAACGACGCGGACACGGUGUACGACGCGACGCGCAUGGCGGAAAGACGCGCAACCGUUCCCAGUUCGAGUUUCACGGAGCCCCCACCAUCGUACUACUCAGGCACUCUCCCUCCGUAUACUCCUCCAAGAGGCUCGCUCUACGCAUCCUCUGAGCCUAUCUACACCCUUCCCCGCCCUAUUUCCCUCUCUGCUACGGAUCACUCAAGACGCUACGCAGAGCUCGCUGAUUGA